AUGACUGCAAAAGGCCAGCAUACCCUGUGCUUUCAUUGGAGAGGUCGCUUUGGAAAGCUACGGCGUCGAGAUUCCCGCCAGGUUGAAGAAGGAAAGAUACUAACCCAACUACUGCAGGGAACCACCCUCAUUGUCGCCGACGCAAAAGUACACGAAGCAGCCGAAGCUCUCCGUACCAACGGCCUUGAGCCCUGCAAUGGAGGCGAGAAUUGCGACUGGGAGAACGAUGCUCUGACUGAAGAAGCGUCAUCACCGGCGCCCUAUCAUUUUCACCUUGACCAUGGUCCACAAGGUACCCCUCCAUUUUGGUGUGAGUCACUCAAAUUGUACAAGAAGUCUGAUAUUGAUCCAAAGCUGCCUGACCCUGGACUGGAAGUUCCAGGGCCUGGGGAUCGGAAUUAUAUGGUUGUUACGGACCCUCGAUUGCCGCAACUGGGGCAUUGGAAGAGCAGUACGAAUCCCGUUCAGAUUCUGUCAAAGUCACGGUUCUUUGAGACAAUGUUCAACCAGGCAGUCAAAUGUCAUGCAAAUGGAUUGCCUGAUGAUCAUCUCACCCCCUGGGAAUGGAAUGUGUUCCGGCUGAAACAGAUGGGUGAUGGUGGACAGCCGAACAGCCACAUGGUCGAGGGUCUUGAAUUGCCGGCGCGUCGGUACAUUGAGCUCCUCAAUAUGGAAGACCUUAAGUCCAGCCGUGACUUUAUCGCUCAGGUGAGACUUGAGAGAGGGCCGAAGGGGUUGUGA